AGCAGCAGCAGCAGCCGGUGCUGCAGGUCCCCCCGAAGGUUCCGCCGACAAGAAUGGACUCAAUGCGAUGCCCUUCCUAGGCCAAAUCCACACCAGUCCUCUGCUGUCCCGCCCAAUGGGUCCAAUAGGUCACGCUCACCCCCCCCCCUUCCCUCCGAUGGGGGAUUCAGAUGGAUUCAAUGCUGUGCCACAGAUGGCUUCGAUGGGACCACCGCCCGUGUUGAGCUCCCUCUGGACAGGCGGCGCUUCUCCGGACAGCCGCGGAGACUACUACGACGACCCCCACGAAGAGUACUCCGACUGCCGCUACGAGGGCGACUACGGGGGCGACUACUCGAUGCCCACCGAGGAGGACCAAGAGGAGGAGUCGUGCUCCUGUCAGAGCCAGAGCGAGUUCAGCUUGAUAGAGCGCACCAAGUCGGACUCGGAGUGGGAGGAGCUCUCCGACGGCCCUUCCCCAGGGUCUCCCCGCUGGAGUCCCUCGGCGCAGUCGUGCUCUCCACAAUGCAGCCGGAGCACCGUCAGCGCAUGGUGGCCUUGUACCACCUCGUCUUGGAGACCGCUGUGGUCAAGGUCGUGCUGCUGGUGCUGCAACUGCUGUGCUGCGCGGUGUUCUGGCUGGUCGAGAAGACCGUGGGCUUCAACGAAACCAUGUUUGCACUUCCAUUUGGGCAUCUAUUUUCGUUGA